AUGGCGGAGAUAAUUAAAAGGUCUUAUAGUAAAAUUAUUAAAAGUAAUAGCGACAGACUUAUUGAGAAUUCCCAGAUGGAGGGUGACCAAUCGGAUACAGAUUAUUUAAUUAUAGAUGACCAAUCGGAUAUAAACCAAGAAUAUAACCCGAAUACUAGCAUGACUGAUUCAUUUUUUCUAUGUAUGUUGAUGUGCCACUUUGCAUUAACUAUUCUCUUUAGUCUUUAUGCUGGAUUUAUGUUUGGUAAAACAGACUUUUUCUGUAAAUAUAAUAUAUAUCCAAGAGCUUUCUUAUUUCUUGCCUACGGCUGGCUCUCUACAAUGAGUUAUUUAAUUCUCACACAUACAGCAUAUCAUAUAACUAAUAUUUAUAGAACUCAUAAUAACGAAGACAAAAGAAGUAGUCUAAAAUUCUUAAUAUCUUCAUUUACUUCGCUUUUAAUUAUAACACUAGUAUUUGGUAUGCUUGGUGGUUGGUAUAGUAUGCACAGUAGAUCUAAUCCUGGAAGGGUUGAUUUAUGUAUAUUAUUUACUGUGGCAUUCCUGUUCUAUGCUUGCAUUUUUUUAACAGUUGGAGAAGAACUACGUAAUUUAAUAGAUAUAACCCAAUUAAAAAACACUCAAGAAGAGUAUAAGAAUAAUAUUCUUUAUACCAAGUGUAUUUUGGCACUUAUUAUUAUAGCAGGUUUGGCUCUCAUCUGUGGGUGUUCUGCAUUCCUCUAUGAAUUAUCUAUUUACGGUCCUGAGAUCCUCUGUAGUAAUUAG